ACAAGCAAGUUGCGCAAAUAAAAAACUUGUAAAUUUUCAAGAAAAAAUGAAUGAUCGAAACUUACGAGAGACGUGUUGGUUGUUUCCCCAUUCUAUGCUGUGCAUCAACUUGAAUUGUAUAAGAGUCCAUAGAGAUACACAUCAUUUAUUUUGGGACGGAGGCCACGCCAGUGGUCAAUUCGUUCCAUGCCGUCUAGAUCGGGCAGCUAUCAAAAGAUUUCAGAAAAGUCGAGCCAAUCCACAGAUUUCCACCUCAGUACAGUGCAGCAGUCGAGUCUCCGCUCUCCAGUCCACCCAGCUACUGCUAUAAACGCAUCGCACAGGUGCGCUGCAUCCUGGAUCUUCCUUCUUCACCAGCUAAACCAACCAACCGAUCAAAAUGGCGCCACCACCCAGCAAUCCCAAGCUCUUCACUUGGCACCUCUGCUUCCUUCUCCUUGUGUUCACCGCCACCCUCUCCGCCGCUGCCUCCCCCUACCAAUCCGUCUGCUCCUCCCUGACACCCCCUGCCAACCGCCGUACCGACUCCGACGACGCCCUUUCACUCACCCGCUCCUUCCAGAUCUCCACCGGCCACUUCACCGGCGGGGACAACCUGUUCUCCCCAGAUGAUGAUGAUGACCUCUACAACUACCGGUCAUUCUCCCUUUUUCCCCACGGAGCCUUCCGCACAAACGACCCGGCUCUCGUGCACCUCACCGCUACCCUCACCGUCACCGGCCCACGCAAUGCCAGCAGCACCUACCGGAGCCCUGGCCGUCGGCACCGCUAUAAUUACACCAUGUCCCAAUCCAUUUCCUUCGUCCUUGACGGCUACUACUCCAACACCUCACACCAACUCUGCAUGGUCGGGUCGGGCACUGAGCUCGCCGCCGACGGCUCUCUCAAGCACUACUCCGAUGUCGUCCUCCGCCUCCGUGUCCCUAGCCCUCCCAAACUCAACGACCCCUUGGUGUCCGGCAGUCUAGAGGGAUCCAGUGACUUUGGGACCGUCAACCUCCUCGCGUAUGCCGAAGGCGACAACUACAAAUACGCCGCCGAGCGCGCGCCCUGUGGCAGCCCACCGACUACGCCGGUGAGGGGCACGCUCCAGGCGCUCGGAGGCGGCUUCUCGUGCGCCCACCUGAAAGAGCAGCUCAUGACCUCGUAUAAGCUGGAGCAUGGCGGCGUCGCAGACACGUCGACGAGCGCCUCAUCCCCGCUUCUGCGGAUGCUGCCGCGCAUGCACAUCAACCAGAUGCAGUGCACCGCGGAUGGCGCAGUGCGCGCAUACAUGGUGUUCUCCAACAACACCGGGUCCGAGAGCCGUCAACGUAGGGUUUUCCACCACUACGGUCAACACCGCGUCUUAGUCGAUGAGGAGGCUGUCGUGGCCGACGGGCACUGGAACUCGACUCGUGGCGUGCUUUGCCUUAGGGCGUGCCCGGUGGUGCGCUCGGCCGUGACAUCUGCUCGCAAAGUGAGCGAGUGCGGGAUCGGGAUUAGCUUCUGGUUCCCGGCCGCGUGGACCAUGCGGGACAGGAGCCUCGUGGCCGGGAUGCUUUGGAACUCAAGUCAGGCUGGGAACGGCAACCACGGUGACGCUGGACAGAUCUCCGGUGUGAUAUCAGCGUCGAGCAUCGACACCGACAACCAAAGAAGCAGCAACCUCUCAGAUGUGAAGUACAACUACAACGACACCAUGAUUGAGGAGGCGAAGAAGCAUUAUAUGAAGAUCAAGAAGAAGCAACAGUUCAAUGGGUUGUUCCCGGGUAACCUUACUUACAAUGACUUCGAGCUUCGUUUCUACUCACGAGGUGGAAUGGGCAGUGGAGAAGCCUAUCCAGUCACGAUUGGUUCGGUGAUGGUCCAAGGGGAUAGGCUGGCCGCCGACAAUUCCGUGUCGGUGGUUGACACGAAGCAAGACCUCCUGAACGUCAGCUAUGAUAUACGCCACUUUGUUCCAUCUGAUGAUUGGGUACGUCCUCCGAAUGUGUCGUUGUACUCAUAUACCAUGCAGGAAAGACGGAUCUCGGCAGAGGGUGUUUAUGAUCCCAAGAGGGGCAUCAUGAGCAUGGUCGGUUGCCGAGAGCUGAACGUCUCGACGGACUGUCAGAUACUGGUAACAUUGAUGUUUGCCCCCCUGGACGCCAGGGCACAGGAGUACGGCAGGGGAGCAAUCAGCAGCCUGAGAGACAACAAGAACGACCCCCUUUUCUUCGAGAAGAUCGACAUCCAUUUGUACGGGAUGUACAUGGAACAAGUGUCCGAGGCGAUAUCGAGGAUGGACUUGGAGAGCAUCAUGCUGGUGGCCUCCACAACGCUGUCAUGCGUCUUCACCGUCCUGCAGAUCCUCCACACCAAGAAGAACCCCGAGGCGGCUCCGGCCACGUCCAUCACCAUGCUUGCCAUUCUCACCCUGGGGUACCUGACCCCUCUCGUGCUUAACUUCGAGGCCCUGUUCGUAAGCAGGAGGACCCAGUACUAUACGUUCUCGAGAUACGCCGUGCUCGAGCUGAAAGAAGUGAUGAUGAGGGCACCUAUGCUGAUCGCCUUCGUGCUGCAGCUACGCCUUAUUCAGCUGGUGUGGUCCGGCCGCCGGGGAUCGGCCGACCAGAGCAAAUCCGCGACGGCGCCGCCGUCCGCGUCGGAGAGGAUAGUGCUGCAGAUAUGCCUGCCUCUGUACCUGCUCGGAGGAGUCCUUGCCGGGAUCGUCCACGUGGUCAACGUCCGCGCAGCACGGGAGGACUCGCUGGUGGUUCGCAUCGGCGGAGAGCCGGCCACGAUCUGGGAGGACCUCGUGUCGUACGCGGGGCUUAUACUGGACGGCUUCCUGCUCCCUCAGAUCAUCCUGAACGCGUCCUUGGCAGGCUCUGGAGUUCGAGCGAUUUCGCCAUGGUUUUACAUGGGGGGCACCAUGAUCCGUGCGAUGCCUCACGUGUAUGAUGUGGUUCGGGCUCGGGUCUACGAACCGAGCAUCAGCCCCUCCGACGUAUAUGCGAGCCCUCGCAGCGACCUCUUCGGCGUUGCGUGGGACAUCGUUAUACCGUGCGGAGCAGCGCUGCUGGCCUUGCUGUUGUUCUUGCAGCAGCGACUUGGAGGCUCGCAGAGGAGGAGAUCAGGUGGGUAUGAGAUGGUCUCUAACCUCUAGCCUAACACAGGGCAGUUGUGGACUUGUGGUACGACCAUGUGGGAUAAGUAUUGGAGUAGAGAAAAAUGUGUUGCCUGACAGCAAAGAAGAAAGUAUACCUCAUAUAUACGCGAACUAAAUGGAAUCUCGGAUUAUAGGUGCUGGUCUAGCCCAUUUGCUCUCCAUUAUUGUUCUGGAUACAGUACUAUACUGAAUGCUCUUAAGAAAAACAUGGAUUGGAUGGAUAAAGGGUUUGAACUAUAAAAUAUUUUGAAUUUGCAUUUUUUUUUCAUGUAACAUUAUUAACUACUUCAA